GUCCCGGGACUCAGAGCUGCGCUUCUCCCGCUCCCCUCAGCUUCCUUAGGAUUUUGUUUCUCAGGGAUGGCCGCAUCUAUUCUGGAGGUAGGGAAUGUAAUUGAAGACACACGCUAUGGCUCCAGUCCUCUGGCUAUGUUAACUGCUACAUGUAACAAGUUUGGCAGCACAAGCCCCAUCAGGGAUUCUGCUACACCCGGUAAGACUGGUAGCACUACUCCAGUAAAGAAGUCCUACACCAUGACCUCCGACCUUCAGACAGCUAAGAACGGGCGGACCGCAGACGGCAGUGGCCUGGCGGACUCCUACACUGGCUCCUUCACCACAGCUGGAGGAGGUGGUGGCGGGCUGCUUACCCCGACUGGAAGCCCCCCUCCUUCAGCCGGAGGCUACACUACAGAAUAUAACCCUUUCUCCCACUCCUUCCAGACCUCUGUCUCCCAGGACCCGUCUCUUUUAGUGUCCAAGGCCCAUGCUACAGCCGAUUGCCUCACCAGUGUCUAUACCUCCCUGGAUAUGACACACCCCUAUGGCUCCUGGUAUAAAGCCGGUAUCCACCCUGGCAUUACUACUGCUCCAGCUAAUGCCACAUCCUCCUGGUGGGAUGUCCACCCCAACUCCAACUGGCUGUCAGCAACCCAGCCCCAGUCGGACGGAGGUCUCCAGGCCUCCUUGCAGCCUGUAGCACCCCAGGCCUCCCUUAGCCCACAGCUGCCCAGUUACAGCACCGACUUUACACAACUCAACCCAGCUCCUUACCCUUCCGUGGGACUGGGCUCCUCCUCACAUCUUCUCCAGCCCUCACAGCACAUGCUGCCCCAGGACAUGUAUAAGCCCAAGCCUGUGCCAAGUGCAGGGCUGAUUGAGAGUCCCAUGGGCCUAAAGCCAGCUAGGGGAUCAGGGGGCUACAGUGGAGGGGGCGCCCCCACCAGGUCCUCAUGUGACUGCCCCAACUGCCAGGAGCUGGAGAGGCUGGGGGCCUCAGCUGCAUCACUGAGGAAGAAGCCGGUCCACAGUUGCCACAUCCCAGGCUGUGGGAAGGUGUAUGGCAAGGCCUCCCACCUCAAAGCCCACCUGCGCUGGCACACUGGCGAGAGGCCCUUUGUUUGCAACUGGCUGUUCUGCGGGAAGCGCUUCACCCGCUCGGACGAACUGGAGAGGCAUGUGCGCACCCACACGCGGGAGAAGAAGUUCACCUGUCUACUUUGCAACAAGCGUUUCACGCGCAGCGACCACCUCUCAAAGCACCAGAAGACCCAUGCGGAUUCUGCAAUGCAGGGGAAAGCUGUAGCUGUGGAGGGAGACACAGAUCCUCGGAGUGAAGAGACCACAGAGCUUAACACCGGCGCUGUACCCACCAAUCCUGUGACAGACCAAAUCACCAACGGAGAUGAGAAGACUGGCACACCUAAUGGAGUGGAGAACAGCAGUGGACUGUUGGAGAUUUAA